CCAUCGCUGCUGGGACAGGUGUACCUACCGUUGGUGCUGGCCCGCUGCCGUUACCGUCUCCGAAGUAUUUUUCCCUGUGAGGAUGGAACAAGUGAAAUACCCGUGGGUCACUCUGACUAAAGUCCAGUGUGCAGGACUGAGCAGAGGUUACUAGACCGUAGCACUGUUUCCCAUACAUUCUUGCUGCGGCGCCACCCUCUGAGAAAACUAGGCCCUGUUUCUUGCAUUUGUAAUCACCAAAUAUAAUUAGCAGUUAUCAGUUUAUUCCUAGGAUUAUUCCAGCCUCUGUGAUCAUGGAAACUUCAAAUCGGUUGGAAGCAGGGGGAGAAGAGGCUGAGAAUAAGAAAGCUGAGGAGCCCAAGACCGACCAGAUGGUAAGAAAGAAAAUGAUAAUCCUUUCAAGUUUGGCAUGUGGAACCCUUGCUUUCCUUCUUUGGGGGAUUUUAAGAUUUCCUAGAAAAUUUGGAAUUUCAAAGAUCUUUAAAGAUAAGUCAUGCUCACUGGACUUAAAUAAAUGUCCACAAGGCUGGAACCGAAUCCAUAAAUAUUGCUUCUUGUUAUCUGAAUAUGAAACUUCUUGGAGCAACAGCCAGGAAAGCUGCAAAAUAUAUUACGCAUCUCUGGCUAAGUUCAACUUCCCAAAGGAAAUGGAAACUUUGAUGCAAAUGCUGAAGCCCCCUUCUACCUAUUGGAUAGGACUGAACAAACUCAAUGAUAGUGAAACCUGGAAAUGGGCAGAUGGGAGUGUAUACAAACAAUGGUACAAAAUUGAAGAUAAUGGUAAUUGUGUCUACAUAGAUAAGAGAGUCAUGAAUAGUGCCAAAUGUGAAAAAAACAAAAAAUAUAUUUGCAGCAAUAAAAGCUUCUGUCUUUAGAGUUCUUCCAUAUGGAAAAUAAGAAAAACUGUCCUCUUUAUGCAUUAUGAACUCAUAUAGAUACAUUUUAUUUCCCACUAAACAUGUUUUAAGAUGAUUGAUGGAAAUUUAAAUAAAAAUUAAUUUUUUUCUAAAUAA